AUGCAUGUGGCACCAAAACGAACUCCACACCUGCAGAUGAUUGACGGAGUCCCUCGGUCUCCUAUUGUAAAGCCAGAGGUUUAUCGUGAAGCCUUGAGUUUCAAACCAGCAGCCGAUGACGUGAUUCUUGUAACCUAUCCAAAAUCGGGAACGCACUGGGUUUCACAGAUUGCCCUCCUUAUUCUGAACAGAGGUCAGUCUCCCAGAGAUCUCGCAGACUUUGUAAGACAAGCUCCAUGCCUCGAAAUGAAUGGAGUGUCAGUUUCCUAUACAUCGCCAAGAUUCCUGCGUACGCACUUGCCUUUCGGACAGAUCCGAUAUAGUAAUGACUCCAAGUACAUCUACGUGGCACGCAACCCUUUGGACGCCUGUGUCUCCUUCUACCAUUACAUCAAAAAUCUACCUCACUAUAGAUUUGAAGACGGUAAAUUCGAAGACUUUGUAGAAGCGUUUAUUAAGGGCCGGGUUGGUCAGGCGGAUCAUUUAGAACACGUGUUGUCCGGGUACGCCAGGAGACAUGCCUCAAACGUCCUCUUUCUGACCUACGAGGAGCUGAAGGCGGACACUGCCGGCAUUAUAGUCAAGUUAGCAAAGUUCUUUGGUGAAACAUACGCCUCGAUGUUCGAGAAGGACACCGGACUCAUGAACGAAAUCCUCUCUAAGAGCGGCCUCGAAUAUAUGAGGAACACGUAUGAGAUGAGCAUUGAUGAACUGUGCGUAAUCUACAAUAUCCGUCCCCUGCCUCAAGAUAUUGCAGAUGCACCGUCGAAAAUUAAAAUCGAACCGAGAAAAUUAAGUGCUAUGCGCAAAGGAACUACCGCCGAUUGGCGAGAACAUUUCACACCUGAACUGCUACAGCAGAUGCGAGCCUGGAUUUAUGAUAAGAGUCAAUGCUUUGACCUUAUGAGUCUUUGGAGGAACGAAUUAGCAGCAUCCGACCUAGAUUCCAGCAUUUAA